AUGGACUGGUUCUCUUGGUUAUCCAAGACCAACCUAGACCCUUUUCUACUCUACGAGUAUAGCCUCACUUUUACCCGCAAUGAGCUUCAACUACAAGACUCAAUCCACUUCACCCAUGAGUUUCUUCAAAGCAUGGGAAUUUCAGUUGCCAAACACAGACUAGAAAUUCUCAAGCUUGUCAACAAACAAAAUGACAAAGUGCCAAAAAACACCAAUAAGUUUUCUUUGGUUGUCAAAAAGUAUAUAAAGAAGUGUCUUAGCAAGGCCAUUCUCCAUAAAGAAGAAAAGAAAAACAUGAACAUGAUUUCAUUGCAACAAGAGCAAAAUUGGAACCAAGGGAAAUGGAGAAGAGCAUUGGUAAGUGAGGAACUCAAAGGAGAAAAGGGUAUGCAUAGAAAUAGGAAAAUAGCAUUUUCAGGGCCUUUAGAUGGAAGAAUGUAUGAUGAGAAAAUGGUAAAUACCAACAAAAAAAUGUUGAAAUUUUCAGGUCCUCUUGAUGGAAAGAUGAAUGAAAGAAAAAUGGUUUACACAAAUAGAAGUCCUAUGAGAAAUAGGCCUAUUGAUGGAAGGUUUGUGGACACUACAACAAGAAGUCCAAGAUUUUCUGGACCAAUAAGCCCAAUUGAUUAUCAUUGUCUCUACAACAAGACAAAAGAUUAUUAUGAUUUUGAGGAUUCUGAAAUGUGGCAUGCAUUGUUUGAAGAUCUUAAACCAACUUGA